AUGUUUCGUCGCGCUAGUUACUUAGCCUCCUCAGCGCUUACUCAAGCGAGCAAAUAUAAUUCCGCACCCGCCGUUAUUGGUAAUGUAGCCACCAACCUUACUUUUGCGCAGUCCACAUUUGGUCGCCCGGUAAUAUGUCGCAAAUUUUCUGCGGCGUCAACUUCGGUGAACGGCCGUGUCACCCAAGUUAUUGGAGCGGUUGUCGAUGUACAGUUUGACGGUGAUCUCCCUCCGAUCCUGAGCGCGCUUGAAGUCGAAGGACACGAAAUUCGAUUAGUUCUCGAAGUAGCGCAGCACCUCGGAGAAAAUACAGUUCGUACCAUUGCGAUGGAUACAACGGAGGGUCUUGUGCGUGGUCAGAGUGUUUUGAGUACCGGUAGUCCGAUUCAGAUUCCCGUUGGAAGACCGACUUUGGGACGGAUCAUGAAUGUGAUCGGAGAACCAAUUGACGAGUGUGGACCCAUUGAUUCACAAUCAACGCUCGGAAUUCAUCGCGAAGCUCCCCCUUUCGUGGAUCAAAGUACUGAGAUGGAAAUGUUGACAACUGGAAUCAAGGUUGUAGAUCUAUUAGCGCCAUAUCAGAAAGGAGGGAAAAUUGGUUUGUUCGGAGGAGCCGGUGUCGGCAAAACAGUUUUUAUCAUGGAACUCAUUAAUAAUAUUGCCAAGGGCCACGGUGGUUUCUCUGUUUUUGCUGGAGUUGGCGAACGCACGCGAGAAGGAAACGAUCUUUACCACGAAAUGAUCGAAGGAGGUGUCAUAAAGCUCGGUAACGAAGCAAGUGAUUCCAAGUGUACUUUAGUAUAUGGUCAAAUGAACGAACCGCCAGGUGCAAGAGCUAGAGUUGGGCUCACAGGUCUUACUGUCGCAGAAUAUUUUCGGGAUUUUGAAGGGCAAGAUGUCUUACUCUUUGUGGAUAACAUCUUUCGGUUCACUCAGGCUAACUCAGAAGUGUCUGCAUUGUUAGGACGUAUUCCAUCUGCUGUAGGUUAUCAACCAACUCUUGCCACCGAUCUUGGUGGAUUACAAGAAAGGAUUACGACGACCAUGAAGGGGUCGAUUACUUCAGUACAGGCUAUUUACGUCCCUGCUGACGAUCUCACAGAUCCUGCUCCUGCCACUACUUUUGCACACUUAGAUGCGACGACAGUUCUCUCAAGAUCCAUUGCGGAGAUAGGCAUCUAUCCAGCAGUUGACCCGCUUGAUUCUACCUCCAGAAUGCUCUCUCCCCUGUCUCUUGGUGAAGAGCAUUACGAUACUGCGCGUGGGGUUCAAAAAGUUCUUCAAGACUACAAAAAUUUACAGGAUAUCAUUGCUAUUCUAGGUAUGGAUGAACUUUCUGAGGAUGAUAAAAUGACAGUUUCGCGAGCGAGAAAAGUUAUGCGAUUUUUAUCUCAACCAUUUCAUGUUGCUGAAGUUUUCACUGGAAGUCCCGGAAAGUAUGUUGAGUUGAAAGAUACUGUCUCUGGCUUUAAAGGAUUACUAGAAGGUCAGUACGAUGAUCUUCCUGAAAUGGCUUUUUACAUGGUUGGGGACAUCAACGAAGCAAUUGCAAAAGCUGACGAGUUGGCGAAGCAAGUGGCUUAG